GUAUCUUCCUUCCUAUGUUUUUCCAAAUUUCCAGCCAUUUUUGAGGUGCGGACAUUGCAGGACCUGUGCCGGAUCGCUAUCCGCCACACUCUCCGGCAGCCCAUAGCUAUGGGUGAAGGACGCACAAAGAGACGGGUGUCUUUCCCAGGGGCCCGAGCCAUGCACCGCUACGGGCCCCGCUUCGAGAGGCGCCGCUUCUGUCGCCGCUUCUACCGCCAGUGCGUCAACUCCAUGGUUCUCCACGACUCCAUGAUUCCCACAGCCAUGGACGAUUGCAACUACCCCGGAGGAGUUGAAGAGGACGAAGAGGAAGUGGAGGAGGAAGAGGAAAGGGCUUGCCGCCGAAUGAGAGAAGACCUACCCGAGGAGGACGAGGAGGAAUCCUCCGGCACGGAAGAGGAGAAAAGCAAAAGCGGCUGCGCUCGUGUGGAGCCUCCCGUUAAUAUCCUGAGGGAGAAGAUCCUAAGACUCCCGUUACCUGAACCCCUGAAGAUGUAUCUGCUGUAUUACAGGGAGAAAUGAGACGUGCGGUGCAGCGCUAAGACGAUUAGACGUGAAGAAAAGCCUUUCUCUUCUUCCUCCUCCUCUCAAACUGGAUUAGCAUGACAAUUAAGUCCUCAAUUAAUGACAUCACAAUAUCCAUAUCCCUGUGUGAAGAAAAGCUCCUUUAUGUGGGAUGUACAGAGAUGGAACCGAAGGACUGAGCUCAUUUCCUGAAUAAUCAAUGUCGCCUGAGCUCACGCUCACAUUUGUUAAUUCGGUAUUCCCCUCGAGAUGAUCGAACACGUACGUGACCUAUGACGCAUUGUCCCUGUGGGAAUUGCUUGUUGCUGUGAGCUCUUUUAGAGUAGCAUCACUUUGGGAUGUGGUGUAGUCUGACAAGUUGAAUUGAAUAUUUUUCUAUAGCUUUAAGGUGCGGUCACAUUUACCGUUGCUCGGCCAAAUCCUGUCAUUUCAAUUUCGCCUGUUCAAGUCGGUCACGUGAAUCAGUUGCGUUGACCAAAAGCUUCAUAUGAGCAGGAAUUUCGUGCGAGUAAGAGAGUUCUUCACGCAGAUUUCAUGUGGAUGACUAACGGUAGGCUGCUUGCUUUGAAAGUGGCUUCUGUGUGAGCUGUGUUUUAGGCACUCUAUUGACAUUGGAGAUUUUUUUGCCAGUGAAAUGUGACCGCACCUUUACACAGGUUGGCCCUCCACUGUUGAACUCUUUUCCUUGCCUUUACUGUGUUCUCCAAAAUAUUGAAUAACGCCUGCAUGUGUACUGCCGUAGUGCACCAACAAUAUGUCAGUAUUGGAGUUUGUGGUUAUGUGCGUUUGAUUACCAUCGCUGGUAGCAUUACAUUUGACCUUGACCCAUGCGCGUAAGAAAUCGUUUCUGCACCCAGUUACCAAGGAACAAUCAUCGGUCAGAAUGAUACACACAGUGAUUUAUGUUUUCAUUGGGUCAUAUCGCAAGCUUUACCGUUAUAUUGUAAAGAUUGUGUGAAAAUGAAGAGACAUUUUUUUAGUGAAAUUCUUAUUUAUUGGUAAUCACCAAAUUUAGUUUUCAUCAGGUAAAUGAAGCAUUUGGAUAUUUUUCAGUGCUCAGAAUCUUUGGCCCUACUCAGGAAUACUUUAGGAAAACAUUUUAUUUGAUAUAUUUUUUAACUCAAAGAACAAAAAGACCAAAAUGUUAGGACCUUUCUAUUUUUUGACCAAAAGUAUUGAAAAUGAUCUUUUGCUUUUUGUAUAUCACAGUGGUGGUAAAACCAUGAUUGGAUCUGGCGAUUCUAUGAUCCCAGUUCUGAUUUCUACUCAAUUGGCUUUAUGCCCAGCUGCACUACUUCCUGAACUUCAGCCAGCUUCUUGUUUCCUGUCUGCCAUUAUUGGCCAAAUUGAUUAAUUCAGGUGUGUCUGAUUAUUGUUGCCAUGACUACUGAGGUCAAGCACACCUGAAUUAAUCAAUUUGGCCAAUAAUGGCAGACAGGAAACAAUGAGCUGGCUGAAGUUCAGGAAGUAGUGCAGCUGGGCAUAAAGCCCAUUCAUCAGCGCAGGAGCUUUUCUCUUUAGUUCUCAUUGAUGAUUGUGUGCUUGUAGGAAACAGAAACUUCAAUAAAGUUUGAGUUUGCACACUGGAAUGACACAUUUCUGUUCAUUUAUCGGUGUAUUGUACUUGCAAUAUGUAAUUGAAAUUUCAAAACUUUUGAGUGUUUUUAUUAAGUGUAAAUAUAACAUCAUUUUGAACUCGCGUUUAUUGUAGAUGUUGUAGGCUUUGAAGUUUGAGAAUCCAGAUUUUGAACGUUUAGCUAAAAAGCUAAUCACAAACCUUUCACCUUCAGUGAUCCUUAUUCUUCAGCUACGUAAUAAUACAUAAAAAGUUGUAACAUUUCACAUUACUUGUAUGUGCAUAUUAAACAAUAAAAAAAAAAA